CGAUCUCAAUCUUGGCUCACCAAUCUGUAGUAGGAAAUCAGCUGGCUUCGUAUUGUUGCCAAGGCUCAGCUUGUCCUUGAAUUGGCCUUUGGUGGCCGGGCUUUCUUUUCUUGCCCCUUGUUUGACAGUGCUGAAUGGCAGCCUUGUCCACCCACCCUGGCCCGGCCUUUCAGCUUGGUACCCCUGCUAGUUUUUGACUUUGCCGUCUGUAUUCAGAGUUGACGGGUGAAUCCAGGGAAGCUGUUCAGUAUCCCCCUCUCACACACAUGCACACACGCACAAAGACCGUGAAGCGGGUAGCAGUCGGUCGGUCAGUCAGUCAGUCAGCUCUGUAGCCAAAGUUGAUCCUCAGUUGUCAAAUCAUCCAUUUUCUGAAUUCGCAUCGUGCCAGACAUCUACGGACCUCAUAUCGAGUGCUCGUUCAUGAUCGGAAUGUUCUUGUUCGAAUACCCACCUUGUCAGCCACGACGUUAACACUUCCAGCCUGAUUCGAACAAUGUCGAUUAGCUUGAGUGAAAACGUCCCACGGGCCCUGAUCCAACUUGCUUGUCCCUCUUGGUCCCUGUGCCUUUCGACGAGUACAAAUGACGUUCGAGCGUGGAUUUCGCCGUUCGAUCCCCCGGAGAAACGGGCUCAAAACCUGUCCGAAUCCGUUAAUUCGUUGUCAGAGAGUGAGAAAGACGCGAUACUCGGCGUGGUUGUCAAAUCAGAGACGAAGAAAGAAAAAGCACCACCGUGCCGUAAUGAGAACCGUGCAAGUGACUGUGUCGUCAAGUUAAACCAUGACUGAAGAAGCCGAGCCGUCAAGUGGCGAAACAGACGCCCUUAUGAGUGAUAGUGCGAAGUUGCGCCCUCAAAUUAAAGUCCCUAAACCCAGAGACAACCAUAGUGUGUCUGAUUAUGAAAGCCCCGUAGUAUCUCCCACUAGUCUAGGACAACGUGUCCAAUUCGCUGACUCGACCAAAAGAGCCUCUCAAGAUGAACAGCGACCCUACUUCAAGGAACAAUCAAUGGAAUAUCCUUGUCGACCUGGAUCGAUCUCCAACUCGCCUCAAAAAUUGGCUCCACCCAAUAGUCCCAAGAGGAAUUUGAGCCAAAAGCGGAACCGAAGGCGAACCUUAUCUGAUGCCAGUUACUUCUCGGCCGCAGAUUCCCCGUCCCUCUCGAGGUCUUCGUCUCUAUCGUCGGCCUCAUAUACAUUUGUGGCGCCCGAUGGAGGCUGGGGUUGGGUGAUCGUGAUGGCCUCGUUUCUAGUCAACAUGAUCGCCGACGGUAUCACCUUCAGUUUCGGUGUGAUCUUUGUUGAGCUCCAAAGCGAGUUUCAAGAGAGCAAGGCCUUGACAGCGGGCGUGGUCAGUUUGUUCCACUCCGUUCCACUGCUUUCGGGGCCAAUUGCCAGUGCUCUAACUGAUCGUUAUGGAUGCCGGAAGAUGACUAUUCUUGGAUCAAUUAUGGCCACAGUGGGUUUUCUUCUUUCCACCUUGGUCCAUAGAUUGGAAAUGCUUUACCUAACCUUUGGUCUCCUGGCUGGAUUUGGUUUGAGCCUUUGCUACGUGUCGGCCAUCGUUAUUGUGGCCUUUUAUUUCGAUCGCAAACGAUCAUUAGCCACGGGCAUUUCGGUAUGUGGGACUGGUGUUGGAACCUUCCUCUUCGCACCGUUUUCCCAAUACUUGAUUAGUGAAUUUGGUGGAUGGAGAGGAGCCACGGUUAUUUUGGCAGGAAUUCUACUCAACAUGACCGUUUGCGGGAUGCUCUUUAAAGACCUUGAAUGGACCAUUCGAGCGCGGAAGUUGAGAAAGCGAAAUCGAACAAAAGGUUCGCAAAGUUCAAUGUCCUCACAAGCCACUCUGCCCAUGCCUUCGUUGGAUGAAUUGAAGACGCUCUUACAACACGGUGAUGUCAAUGAGCUGUUCUCAGAACAAGAACUCCAACAAUGCCCGCGAUUAUGGUCUUCCCUGAUAGAUAUUCCGACCUUCAUCAAUAACAAGGAAAAGUUGCCCAAUGAGGUCGUUACUGCUUUGAGUAAAAAUCAAAAGGCUUACGAGUUGAUUGCUCAAAAUUAUCCAGAGAUCUUGGCCUCCGGCUUGCUCAACGAUUCUGACGACGAAGAUAUAGAUGUGUUUAAAGGCCGAGAUCGGCAGUUGAGCGUUCCCAGCGACGAGCCUACCGGAGCCAAGCUGAAACGAAAGGUCAGUAGUCUCUUCAAAAAAAACCCGAAUAGAUCUAUUCUGAAGCGACCACAGACGUACGAACCCGCCCAGGAUCUGCCCAAUGAGUCGUUUGUUAUCACGAUGCCCAACCAAGAAGCAGCGAUUCACCAUCAGAGAACCCUUAACCAUCUCCGCAUCCGUCGGCAAAGUCUCACGCACCGAGGAGCGAUGCUCCACAUUAACAAAUAUCGACUACGAGCCUCUAGUUGUCCUGACAUCUACCGAAACUCUAUGACCAGUAUUGCCCAAGGAGAGGAGGAGGAGGCCAUGGUCGUCCAGUUUGCUAAAGGUCUCAAGAACUUUUUGCUCGAAUGUUGCCAAUGGAACUUUUUCAACCCGCAGUUCGUGGUAUUUUGCCUGUCGAACUUCAUCCUGUACGCAUGGUAUGAUGUCAUGUACGUCUACUUGGUGGAUUAUGCCGAGCAGGACCUUGGAUUCGGUUCAAGUGCCACAUUCCUCAUCUCCAUCAUCGGCAUCUUCAACACCGUGGGCGAGCUCAUCAUUGGUUGGAUGGGUGACCAGCCUUGGAUUGGCAAGAAUCUAGUCUACGCCAUAUGCAUGAUAGCAUGUGCCUUUGCCACGGCUGUAGUACCAUUCCUAACCCAGUACAGCUUCCUAGCGAUCAUGGCUGGUCUCUAUGGUUUAGCCAUAUCAGCCAACUACUCCCUCACUUCGCCCAUUCUGGUCGAUUUGGUCUCUCUGGAGCAAUUCUCGACAGCCUAUGGAUUUCUACUCUUGAUCCAGGGCCUGUCAAAUCUAGUUGGCCCACCUUUUGCUGGCUACCUCUAUGAUGUCACCUUAAACUGGAUUUGGACGUUUGGUUUGGCUGGACUUUUCAUUGGGAUCUCGGGCCUCUUGCUCUUGAUCAUCCCGUCUUUGAAGAAAUACCGCAAAAUCAAGCGUAAGCGAACGCUCUCGGGUCAACGAGACCCAUUACCCAGUCAUCCACAUUCAAUCUUGGAAAGUACGGUCACUCUACAUCCCACACCUGUUCACCCCGUAGACAUAAUCAACGGGACUCAGGUGUAAGCCCAACCACCAAGCCAUAUCUUUCUCUCCAUCGACACAGAGAGGUCGGCUUCAAGCUUGUUCCAUUCCUUUGUAUGAAUGCGUGUGUCCACCAAGUGCCAGCCAGGUCCGCUGUAAUAAUCAUUUUCCAUGUGAUAUUCCACGGGGAUUCCCUCAAUCGGUGUGGGGGCGACAAAAUCGUCCACGGAACUGACAAGAGACCCCAACCGACAUCCAUUUACAUUUCUUCGCUGAGAAAACCAAUGAUAGAACAAUUGCCCCUUGUACAUGUAUCGCGAUCCCUUCUAUUUUCUAAAUCCAUUCCACUGAAUCCACAUACUUCCUCCCAAGAAUAAAAGGAUUUAAUGAUA